GGCCGGCGUUUAAUAGGUCCCUCUUCCUGGUCGGCGUUUAAUGGUCUCUUCCUGGCCGGUGCUGGUUUCUGGAAUCCAAGGAGUUCCUUCUCCUUGCGUCGAAGGCCUGUGAAACGAUAUGGGUUUCGAUUUCCACUCCAUUCCUAUAAUUGAUGUUAGCCCUCUUUUGGAUAAGUGUGAUAGGCCUAUGAUGGCUGAAGACCAAGGAGUACUUAAGGUUGUAAGGGAGUUAGAUGAGGCCUGUAGAGUGGCUGGCUUUUUCUAUGUGAAGGGCCAUGGUAUUCCUGACUCACUCGUCAAAGAAGUUAAAAAUGUGACACGGAAAUUCUUUGAUCUUCCUUGUGAGGAAAAAGUUAAGAUUAAGAUGUCACCGAAAACUGGUUACAGGGGCUACCAGAGACUUGGGGAAAAUAUAACUCUUGGAAAACCAGAUAUGCACGAAGCUAUUGAUUGCUACAGGCCUAUGGAAUCGGGAGAAUAUGGAUCUUUUGGGAAAACCAUGGAAGGAAAGAAUUUAUGGCCAGAAAAUCCUGCAAAUUUCAAGUCACUGAUGGAAGAGUACAUCAGCCUUCAAAGAGAGCUAGCUAGGAAAAUAAUGCAAGGAAUUGCAUUAGCAUUGGGUGGGCCUCCAGAAACAUUUGAAGGUGAAAGGGCUGGUAACUCAUUUUGGGUAAUGCGUAUCAUUGGAUACCCAGGUUUAGCUGGAGAGAUGCAGUAUAAUGAUGUUGGAUGUGAAGCUCAUACUGAUUAUGGACUUCUAACAUUAGUUAACCAGGAUGAUGGAAUUCAUGCACUUCAGGUGAAGAACCGAGCAGGUGAGUGGAUAUGUGCUGUUUCAAUUCCUGGAACCUUUGUCUGCAAUAUAGGCGACAUGCUCAAGGUUUGGUCAAAUGGAUUGUAUGAGCCAACUCUACACAGAGUAGUUAAUAAUUCUCCCAAGUAUCGGGUAUCCGUUGUGUUCUUCUAUGAGCCAAAUUUUGAUACAGCUGUGGAGCCACUGGAUUUUUGCAAGGAGAAAACUAGCGGAGUUGUGAGAUACCAAAGAGUUGUUUAUGGGGAGCAUUUGGUUAGUAAAGUUACCACCAACUUUUCAACUUAGAAUUAUUAAUACUGGUCUUGUUUCUCUUUAUGUACAUAAAUAGGCAAUAAGAAGGUUCUUCCAGAUUAGCUAAGAGCAAACUGUUUUCAUUUAAAUUUUUGAAGUUUGAAAACAUAAUUGUUUAUAAUAUUUCUUAAUUAUUCAUUAUGCUAAUAAUGAAAGUGUUGGGAAACCACAACAUAAGAUUGUAACCGGGCAGUUUAAAAUGUUUGGUCAAAUGUUAUUAAUUA